AUGAUCCCCUUCACCCGGCGCCGCGGCGGGCCGGAGUGGUACCAGGACAAGCGGGUGAUCAAAGCGGCGGCCUGCCUCUCUGGCUGCGCCGUGAUCACCCUGUGCUGCGGCAGAUUCGAGACCGUGCCCUACUCCAACCGCCGCCACUUCAUCGUCCUCCCGCCAUUGGCGGAGGGAUUCCUGGGGAAGUGCUUCUUCGCGCGUUCCAAGAUAGAGCUGGCCUCCAAGAUCCUCCCACCGGAACACCCCGACAGCGUCCGAGUCCGCAAGAUCACCAUGGACAUCGUUCGCGCUGCAGAACGCGGACUCGCCGGACAUCUCGAUCGGCUCGACUGGGAGGUGAUCGUCGUCAAAGAUAAGCUUGUCAACGCGUCGUGCCUUCCCGGUGGCAAGAUUAUAGUCUACACAGGACUCCUGGAACAGAUGGAGAUGGAUGCUGAGGUUGCGACUGUGCUUGGGCAUGAGGUUGGCCACGCUAUUGCAAGACACGUAGCGGAGAACAUUACCAAGUUCAUGUGGUUUGUCGUCCUGAAAAUUGUCUUCCUGCAGUUUAUUGACUUGGAAGAAGAAGAUGAGUUGAUUGAUGGAAUGUGGAAAGUAUUGUUUCAGCUGCCCUUCUCCAGAAGGAUGGAGAUGGAGGCAGAUUACAUUGGAAUCAUGCUACUAGCUGCUGCUGGUUUUGAUCCACAGAUAGCUCCUACAGUGUAUGAAAAGAUGGGAAAGAUCACCGGAUCUGACUCUGAACUUCAAAAUUACAUCUCUACUCAUCCUUCAUGCAAGAAAAGGGCGCAGAUCUUAUCGCAAGAUAGGGUCAUGCAGGAGGCGAUGGAAUUAUAUAGGAAAGCUAGAGCAGACAAAGAUUUUCUCCUUCAGGGAUAA